AUGGAGACGCAACAGCAGAUGCGCCAGAACCAGCAGCAGCAGCAGCAACCGCAGCAGCAGCAGCUGCCGCUGCUGCCCCAGUUGGAGCGACACCAACAACAGCAGCAACAGCAACAGCAGCAGCAGCAGCAGCAACAGCAGCAGCAGCAGCAGCAACAGCAGCAGCAACCCUCUUCUGCUGCUGCUGCUGCUGCUGCUGCUGCUGCUGCUGUUGCUGCGGAGGGGAACCCUCCUCUUCCUGCUGCUGCUGCUCCUGCUGCUGCUGCUGCUGCUGCUGCUGCUGCAGCAGCAGCAGCAUAUGGGCCUGGCAACGAAGCAGCAAGUGCUGCAACCUGUAGCGGCCUGCAGCAGCAGCAGCAACAGCAGCAAACACAACAGCAGCAGCAGCAAGACAACCAUGGAGACGCAACAGCAGAUGCGCCAGAACCAGCAGCAGCAGCAGCAGCAACCGCAGCAGCAGCAGCUGCCGCUGCUGCCCCAGUUACAGCGACACCAACAACAGCAGCAGCAGCAACAGCAGCAGCAGCAACAGCAGCAGCAGCAGCAGCAGCAGCAGGAUGA